CGUGGGCUGCACCGGGACCUUGUCAGACCUGCCACUUGCUCAGGAAUGGACCCGCUGGUCGCAGCCAGCAGCAUGAUUCUGCUGGUGGUCCUGAUGCUGUCUGCGGAGGCCGCGAGCAGAGCCGUGACUAUCACCGAGGAUCCAGAGACGCCCUCGGUGCCUGCACCAACAAAUGUUCUGAUUACGUCUUAUAACUUGAACCCUAUCCUGUGCUGGAAAUACCAGGAUAUGCCAGAGACUCCCACUUUUACUGCGCAGAUAAAAAACUAUGGGGGAGAAUGGAUUGACUCCUGCACCAACGUUUCUGGUCAUUGUUGUAAUAUCUAUGAACAAAUUAUAGACCCAGAAGCAUCUGUUUGGGCCAGAGUUAAAGCCAAUCUUGGACAGAAAGGAUCUGCCUAUGCAGAGUCAGAAGAGUUUGUUUUGUGCCGACAUGGAAAAGUUGGACCACCGGCCCUGGACAUCAGCGUGAAGGGAGAUCAGCUCGUGGUCAAUGUGCUCCACCCUGCGGUUGUUAUAAAUGGAGAGAAGUAUGGGGUCAUGUAUGGGGAUGAGAGUGCCUGCCACACGUUCUCCUACACCCUAUAUGUGCGAAAAUUUAUAAAUGGGGAGGUCCUAUAUACAAGUCAUAAAAUCGAUAUGGACAAUUGCAAUGAAGAUGGUUGCCAAUUCAACAUCUCAGUGUCUGCAUUGGAUUCCAGAUACUGUGUUUCAGUACACGGACACUCAGAAUACUGGGACAUUAUGACAAAUAAAUCGGAGGACGUCUGUGUCUCCCUUGUCGAUAACAGCAGAAAGGAUUCGAUUUGGAUUCUGGUUGUUGCUCCUCUAACCCUCUUUUUCAUUGUUAUCCUGGUAUUUGCAUAUUGGCAUAUGAAGAAGAAUCCAUGUAAGAGAAAAAGCAUAACGCUACCUAAGUCCUUGCUCUCUGUUGUAAAAAAUGCCACCUCAGAGACAAAACCUGAAUCCAAGUAUACCUCACUUGUCACAUCGUGCCAGCCAGCUGUGCUGGAGAAUGAGACCGUGGUCUGUGAAGAGCACCUGUCCACGGUGGCCCUUCCAGGAGACCCAGGAACAACAGAACACGAAAAACUUUCCAGCGAAGCAGAGCCUAUGAUCCCCGAAGGAAGCACUGCUGUGGCCCCCGACAGCCCUCCAACGCCAAUACAGAGAGGCAGUUCUUCCCUUUUGAGUAGUAACCAGUCCGAGCCCUGUAGUCUCACGCCCUACCACUCCAGAAGCGGCUCCGACAGUGGCCUCGUGGGAUCCGGCAGCUCCAUAGCCGACUCUGAAUUCCUCCUGCACAAUAACCCGGAAACAAAGACACCAGAACAAGAGACCGUGCCGGUGAUGAAGGCACCCACCUCCUUUGGUUAUGAUAAACCGCACGUGCUCGUGGAUGUGCUGGUGGAUGGCGGCGAUGGGAAGGAGUCUUUGAUUGGGUAUAGACUCCCAACAGAUGCCAAGGAGCCAUCCUGAGACCACCUGAGUUCAGCCGACGGUGAAGGAUCGGAUUUUCCUCGGUGAUUUUUCUGCUUUGAUUUCAUGAAGAGGGGGUUGUACCUUUGCAGAUACUAACGGCACAGAACGUCUUGAUUUAGAUCCAUGUGUAAGGAGCCUGUGGACACUGCGGGGUUUACUCUGAAAACUUGGAGACUUUUUUAAAGGACUGUAUCAUUGCUUAUGAGAUCCUUUCUGGGUGUGUUACCAGCGGUGAAUUUUCCUCUGUUAGCGUUGCUUCCUGCAGUUGCUGCUUUUCCAUCCUUAGCACCUCAAGUGACAUGUUGGGCAAUUUUUUUUUUCAUAUGCCUUCACAAUUGUAAGUUCAUGUAUAUAGUAUGUUUAAAGUUUCACUUUUAUGGGAAAGCUGAAAGCUCCUCAAAGUUGGACUUUAAAGUUUACUUCAAGCUGACAGAAUUUGAUAGAGCAUCUCAGUGGAAGUUUGUACAUAUUUUUUCUAUGGAGCAUUACUUGUUAUUUUUAAGUAAAAUGUUUUGAAA